AUGAUGGAAAUUAACAAGGACAAUCAUCAUCAACUGAAUAAAGCUGAUGAAACGCAUAAUAAUAUUACAACAAUACAGAAUGUUGCACAGAAAGGAACAGAAGACAAACUGUGUAAAAAGAGGUUGAAAAGAGACGGACGCCAUACGGAUCGCUCGAGGAUUCACAGUGAGAAGAAGCCCACGUGUCAUCACUGUGGGAAGAGUUUCAACAGAAAAUCAAACCUCGUAAUGCACAUAAAAAUUCACACUGGAGAGAAACCAUUCGCUUGCCUUCAGUGUGAAAAAACUUUCCUAACUACAAAAGAACUUAAGAUACACAUGAGAACUCACACUGGCAAGAGACCAUACACUUGUCACGAGUGUGGAAAAAGUUUUACCCAAAAAACAAACUUGAAGAGACAUACGAAAAUCCACACUGGAGAGAAACCAUUCACGUGUCAUCACUGUGCAAAGAGUUUCAUUCAAAAAAGUAAACUUAAGGGACACAUGAGAAGUCACACUAGACAGAAACCAUUCACGUGUCAUCUGUGCGGAAGGAGUUUUUCAUAUCUAGUAAACCUUAAGAUUCAUGCAAGAGUUCACACUGGAGAGAAACCCUUUCCAUGCCGUCAGUGUAACAACAGUUUCAAAAGUAAAUCUAACCUUACAGCACACAUGAAAAUUCACAGUAAAGAGAAACCUUUCGCUUGUCUUCAGUGUGAAAAGUGUUUCAGAGAUGAAAGUCAACUUAAGACACACAUGACCAUUCACACUGGAGAGAAACCAUUCAGAUGUCUUCAGUGUGGAAAGAGCUUUUCAUAUCUAUCCAGCCUUAGAAGGCAUGCAAGAGUUCACACCGGAGAGAAACCUUUUGCAUGCAGUCAAUGUAAAAAAAGUUUUACAAGUAAAAGCAACCUUACAGAACACAUGAAAAUUCACAGUAAAGAGAAACAUUUCGCUUGUCUUCAGUGUGAAAAGUGUUUCAGAAAUAAAAGUCGACUUAAGACACACAUGAGAAUUCACACUGAGGGAAACCAUUCAGAUGCUAUUAGUGAGUUUCAAAAGAAAAUUUCGCCCUAACGCACGCGUGAGAAUUUACGCUGGAAAGAAACCGUUUCCAUCUGUGGAGUAAUGAUAUACACAUGAGUGGACUUUCUGUUGUAAAGUCUCAAUUGCGAUUUAUACGUUUGCAUAGUAACGUUGUAGGCUAUAUGCUGCAGUUUUCAUUUAAACUUCUGCGUCAUUGUUCGCCUCGAUGUGCAUUACAUGUUCAGAUCGCAAGUGUCGAUCUAAAAAUGAACUCAUGAAUCAACCCUAGUAAAAAAAUAGUUUUAAUUUUGAUACACUUCAGUAUACUUGCAGUAACACUAAUGACCAUUUAAAGUGUGCUAUUGAUUAGUUUACUUUAUUAGAGUGC